AUGGGAAAGGCGGCCGGUGCGGAUGCUAAGACUGGAGCUGCUACUUCCGCUAUGUCUCAGAUCCUUGCGGCCCGAUCUGCCGUUUCUGCGCUUCUCGCGGCGACGAACCCGCAACUUGCGGCGGCGCAGCAGCGCGCCGCGGCUGUCUCCGCCGCGAUCACCGGAUCGACCGGAUCCGGCGGCACGAGUUCUGCCGCGGCGGCGAUUGCAGCGGCCGCUGCGGCGAAGAACCCGUUGCUGGCGAGUAACCCGAUUCUCGCGGCGCAGGUCGCGGCCCUCGGCGGUUCGAACGCCGCGUCUGCCGCUGUAACGAAGGCCGCGUUACUUGCCGCCGCCGCGAACAGCGCGAAGCUGGGCGCAGUCAACCCCGGGCUCGCAAUGGCUUUGGCUAUGGCUGCCGCGAAGCAAGCCGAAGCGGCGCGGGCGGAAGGGGUGCCCGCGGAGGGGGACAAGGACACGAAGGCGGAGGACCGCGCGGGGGAGAAGCGCCGGCGCUCCCGCUCCCGCUCCCGUUCGCCGUACUUCCGCCGUCGGGGGAGGGGAAGGUCCCUGUCCCGCUCCCCUCCCCGCCGCCGAUCCAGGUCCCCGGGCGAGUGGGGGCCGUUGAAGGAGGUGCGGGUGAUCAAGGAGCGCGCAACGGGGUUCAACAAGGGCUUCUGUUUCGUUGACCUCGAGACCGUGGAGGCGGCAAAGGCGCUGGUGGAGGGUGGAAGGGCGAAGGAGCUAAAGAUGGAUGACCGCUUGCUCUUGUUCCACUACAGCAAGCCGCUGCAAGGGGCGGAGGACGGGGGCGCGCUUGCGGACAGCAGCUCGGGGAAGCCGCUCGACUGGGUAUGCCCCUCCUGCGGUGUCAAUAACUUCGCCCGCCGCUCCGAGUGCUUCAAGUGUGUCACCCGCAGGCCCGCCAAUCCCGUCACUGUUGCUGACAGGGUCGACGCGGGAGGAGGCGAAUAUGGGGCGCGAGGCAGAGGAGGCGGCGAGUGGGAGGGCCGAGGAGGCGGGAGGGCGGCGGCGGUUGCUGUGGCCAUGGGUCCAGAUGCGUCGAACGUGCUUAUAGUGAGGGGUCUGGACGACAGCGUGCAUGAGGAGAGCCUGAGGCAGGAGUUCUCCCAGCAUGGCUCCGUGACUGAUGUGCGCAUGAUGCGUGAUAAGAUAACUCUCAAGUCACGCGGAUUCGCCUUUGUCACCCUCGCCAAUGUCGAUCAAGCCACGCGUGCCAUGCUCACAUGUCACAACAAGCGCCUCUUUAAGGGAGGGCCGGUGAUGCGAGUGGCGUAUGCACGCGGCCCCAACCACGGGGUGCCCUCCACGCCCCUCGCUGAUGCUGCCACUGCUGCCUACGCCGCGGCUGCUGGUGGCGGUGCUGCUGAGGAUACUGAUGUCAUGGCUCAGAGAGUGUGGGAGUUUGUUAUCAAGGGAGGACUGGUGAUGCGAGUGGCGUAUGCACGCGGCCCCAACCACGGGGUGCCCUCCACGCCCCUUGCUGAUGCUGCCACCGCUGCCUAUGCCGCUGCCGCUGGCGGUGUCGCUGCUGAGGAUACUGACGUCAUGGCGCAG